UGAGGCCCAGCGUAAUGCCAUCCCUUCCUCUCUGCUAGCUUCCCUAGGUCAGAGUUCAACCCAGAGCAGCCAGACUAGAGUGAGGUGUGUGAGAGAGAGUUAGGCAGGGGUGUCAGGAAGCAGCGUACCAGUCGCCUGCCCUCUGACCCCCAGCCAUGGUCCAAUCCGGUGAGUUAUCGUCCACUGACAGCCCCUUUGAGAAGGGGAAGUGCCAGUUCAGCACAUCAGCAUUCAGGGGAGCAUAAUAGCACAACUAUGACGGGUUCAGUCAGAGUUUAGCGGUGGUGGUCAGACUAGUAUGUUUUGGUGAAUAAGCACUAGGGGGAACUGAACUUCCAACACAUUCAGUUCAGCUCAUGUGGAUAGAGACAUCAGUGUUUACGCACAAGCUCCCCCCUGUGAACUUGACCCUGCUGCUCCUCGCCAUAUGCCCUGCUUUACUGUGAGCUCUGCCUGGAAUGAGGGGUGACAGAAGGGCCGGCAGGCUGGAGCUCGGAGGGGGGGGGCCAGGAGCAGUCAGCUCAGUCCCCUGGAAUCCCAGCCGUGUGAAGCGUACCACAACCACCCGCCACUCCUCUCACCCCACUAUUAAAUCAUUACGACUCCCAGAGAUCCCCCGAACCGCAAACGCAGGAACGGCCGGCAAUUGACCCUGACCCCUGAAUUCCUACCCUCCUGAGUGGCCGAACACAGGGGCAGUACAUUUCCCAUGGGGUCAGACGGAAGAGAGGGAGAGUGUGUGUGUGUCCCUUACCGUUGAGCUACACGCAAACAUGAACCGAGAGCGUGUGUAAAAGUCGACCUUCCUUUCCCUCUGUGGUCCACUGGCUUUCUCUCUUGGCUCCUUCAUUUGCAUCACAACCCCUGUCUCACUUUGCACCAGGUCUCCCCUGUUGGCACAUAAGAGACUUGUUAUUGUCGUAGCUAUGAAUGUCCCAGAGCAGAUUUCUCCUGUAUGUAGGGAGCACUGUAUAAGUGGAACACGUGGAGGUGAGAACCAUUCAGGUCCAUACUGACAGCCCUCUCACCUUAGGUUCAUGUUUAUGGAUCAUCUCAAGUCUUAGAGGAGGAGUGCUGAUCUCGGAUCAGUUUUGCCUUUUAGAUCGUAAUGGGAAAAUACAUAUUCAGUGGACGGGGGGGGCCUGAUCCUAGAUCAGCACUCCUACUUAGAGGCUGUAUGACUAAACGCAAUAGAGGAGCAAGACAGUAAAGCUGUCAGAUCUCUUGUUUCACUAUUUCCUCGGGGAGGUUGAUGUUAAUCUCUCCGUUGAGUUUGUUUGGUAUGUUUAGCAGCGUUAAGAGUUUGGAGGUCAUGCAAUGUUUUUUUCACGUAGGCUGCUGGAGCCCCUGGCUUUAAGAGAUGAGAGUUACACACACACACACACACACACACUCCAUCAUGAACACUCACACAGGGUUAGUUUCCAUGUGAGGGGCUUUGGGGCCAGCUGGGCCCAGGAUUGAGAGUAGUAGAGAGGCUGUUAAGGGGCUUUUAGGUGCUGUACCUUUUCCUUGGCAGCACUGAGCAGCAAAUAUGUAGCUUUGUAGUUUAGCCCCUCUACGUUCCCAGAGAGAGAUUUCCAAGAAAUUCCACUUAAUCUUUUCAGGGCUUUGUCUGACUGACCUGAUCGUGAUGGGAGUCUGGAUGGUGACUCAUUCAACACUUAAUACAUACACAGCCCAAUUAUUCAAGACUCAUAUUGUACCCUUCAAUUCUCCUACUUUCCCUGGCUCUGAUGGACUGGUACAUGGACUGGUAGAUGGGCUGGUAGAUGUCCUGAUGUCACUACUACCGAGACUUGACGCCACUACCGAGGAUUUAUCUGGGUUCAAAGUCCUAAUGCCUUUGUUUCACACCAACUUAAAACCCUCUGCAGAGGAUGGAUUGUUCUGCUUUAUUUAUUUAUCUUCUUGUGUGUGUGUGUGUGUGUGUGUGUGUGUGUGUGUGUGUGUGUGUGUGUGUGUGUGUGUGUGUGUGUGUGUGUGUGUGUGUGUGUGUGAGAGAGAGAGAGUGAUGGGAAUUAACCUACUGCAGCUUGGAAACAGAUUGGAGUGACUCGCACUCGCAGAAGCACCCCAGCACUGGUUAAGAGUGAGGCGUGUAAAAGUUGUCACGAUUACAAUGACUGUGUUGGCUUCUGUGUGUGACUCUCUCUCUGUGGUCCUCUAGUGACUGGACUUGGAAGUCCCUACCCUAGAGACUUAAUCCUGACAAAGGGGUCUUCGUUAAACACACACACACACACACACACACACACGGUGCAUGAUAGUCUAAUGCAGGUGGCUGUAAGAGGAGUCAGGGAUAGCCCCACUGCCACUCAGCCAGGCUUUUUUUUUCCCUUUCAGAAAUAUGCAUCUUGGAUUAAGAGCAAGGGAUCCCUGCACUGGCAAAAGCUGUGUGUGUGUGUGUGUGUGUGUGUGUGUGUGUGUGUGUGUGUGUGUGUGUGUGUGUGUGUGUGUGUGUGUGUGUGUGUGUGUGUGUGUGUGUGUGUGUGUGUGUGUGUCUAAUCAAGGCAAAGUAGAAUGUGUCCUUGGGGAAGUCCAGCUCUGUCCAGUGUGUAUCCGUGCCCUGCCUCUCCGGGAUACUGAGUCGGGACUGGGAGUGAGCUGGACGUCUAUGGACAGCAGAGCUGGUCGCUGGUCCCAGCAGCACCCCACUUCACCCCAGCUAGCCAUGGGGAUGAGGGGAUGCUUUUGACCGGCUGGUGUUAAAACAACACAGAGAGGGGGCUCUGUAAGGAUCUUUGUUAACGUAAGGUGAAGUGGUCGGUGGCGGACAUUGGAAGGCCCCCCCCCCCAUGUUAGUGUUUUUAAUGUCUCGUGUACAGUACAGUGAAAUGCCUUUCUUGCAAACUUACACUAUGAUAACCUUGACCAAAGUGUUUUUUCUUCAUAGCUCCAAAUUGCACCUAUUUUCAGAACUUAUGGGAUCUGAUUGCAAUGAUAUUUGAAAUAUGUUGUUCAAUGAUUUCAUUCUCAGCUGGAAUAUUGUUGAUUAUGAAGUGGUUGUUUGACGUUACUCAGUGCUGAGCUAAUGUAAGUGCUAUACGGCAACCCAGAGAGUCAAAAAGAUGGUACUUUAGAGGAAGUUUUAUCUGAUUUAGGUUUGAACUAAUUGUUACCCCCAGUGUUUCAGCUGCACUUUCAGUCAGUGUCUAUUUGUGGGUUACACUUUCCUCUCUUUCUUCCAGCUGUUGUUUUCUCAUCUUUAUUUAUGAAUAUCCAUCAAAUGCUCUGCUUCCACCUUCUCCUAUAUGUAUUCUGUUGUCAGUCCAGGUGCCUUAUGCGGCUUCAAUAGGAACAUUCUGCAUGACUGUAAGGGGUACGGACUGGAAUUCCAUGGAGAAUUGCUGGACAAUUACUUUUAAUUGGGAUAAUGGCAUUCCAUUUGAAUUAACUCUCCCUUUGCCAUUAAAUUCCAAUUGAAGCAAACGAGUAUAAACGAGGCGAUUAGCUCCAAAACCUUUUUUUCCCUUCAAGUUUAACUAGUUUCUUACUCAAAUCAUGGGACUUUUUAAGCGGGGUAUGUGGUUAACGUUUGUAAAUAUAACAAACAGCAAAAUAUUCUUUUUUUAGUGCAUCUUCAGUCAAUGUAAUAUAGCGCAUAGUUAAUGAGUUUUAAGGUCGAUACGAUUGUGUUUAUGAUAUUUGUCAAAUGUGAUCAGUCUACAAGUUUUAAGACGCACAAUGAUUUCUUUCUUUCAGUGUGAAAUUCCAACAUAGAAAAACAUGGUGUGAUUUGGAGCCCUGUCACAAACGACAUCUUUCUGGAGACGGCUUUCAUCAGUUUCAUUUUAGUUUUCCUGUUUGAGGAAAAUAGCUUCAUAAUAAUGUGAAUGAAUACACUACUUUAUUAAAUUACUUUAUUGUGAGUCUGUACAUUACACCAAUAUUACAUUACACUGGUACACUACUUUUUCCAGUCUAUUGCUAAGACUUAUACUUUGUCUAACAUAUACAGUAUAUGGAUUAAAUGAAAUGAAAAUGAUAAUUCUCAAUAAUUGACAUUAAAAGGAACCAGAAUGAAGGGUAGUUGCAGUGAAGAGAAAGGCAACAGGAAAGGACAGGAGAAACGCUCCCGUUGGAUACUUUUGUAUAUAACUGUGGUAAAUAUCUACUGUGACCGUGCUGAAAAGUAGUUAAACAUAAAAAUACAUUUAAAAAGUAGUAAAAAAUAGUAAAAAUAAAUAAAAAGGAGUUAAACAUACGAAGUAGUUUGUUUCUUAAUUUGAUUUAACCAUUUUCUUUUACUAUAUCUUGAUUAUACUCAUACUGUCAAAAAAAAUUUGGACAAAAAGUACGGUACAAGAAAAAUAUGUCUGUGAUACCCUGAUAACACAUAUUAUAAAAGAAUGUAUCAAAAUCAGAGGAAGUCAGCUGGUUUCUGGACGCAAAUCCUAUCAACUUGUUCCGUCCUGCCAUAACACACUGACUGCACGUUGCUUUCAUCUAUCAAACUAUGUACUUCUUCUAACUGUUUUUUCUUCCUUACAAAUCUUGUUGCUGCCUGAAUUUUUUUUUUUUUUAAAUGUUCAUCUAAUUUAUGUGGUGAACUUCAACAUUCAUAUUUUAUCUCCAAAGGUAUAGAGACCCAAGAAAUCAGAUGUGAUUGUAGCUUCGGCAGUAACAACAAUGUCAAGAAAGAAAAUAAACUGACGUGUUCUAGCGGAAUCCCCUCAGGUCUUAUUUGGCAGGGACUUUCAGAUUUCACAAUUCCCUCAGUGUUGCACACUUUUAACCCCAUAGUGACAUAUCACUAGUCAGUCGCAGUGUCUUCACCCAUCUGUCUCUGUCUUUCCCUGUGUUAACUAACCACUCAGGAUAUUCCAGAGAAGCCAAAAAUAAAGAGCAAACCAUUCAAGGCAAAAUACACAAUCUGGUACAGGUUGUGUCCCCACUGGUGUUUGUCAUAGAAGGCAGUGGAGCCAGUCCAAGUGUCUAAUCCUACAGCGGCGUCCCCCCCUGGCCCAGCCACCCCUCUCUCUCUCUCUCUCUCUCUCUCUCUCUCUCUCUCUCUCUCUCUCUCUCUCUCUCUCUCUCUCUCUCUCUCUCUCUCUCUCUCUAUCUCUCUAUCUCUCUCUCUAUGAUAUCCCUCAUCCCCUGAUGGGCACCUCAUCAUACCGUGCCACAAGUCCACCGUCGUCGCUAACAACCACACCACGCCCCUAACCACCGGCCAUCGCCAUGGAGAUGAAACAGUCAAUGAUGAUGGACAGAGAGAACGAAGGAGGAGAGAAAGAGAAAGGGGAGGAGUCAUCGCAGGAGAACGGCAGACUCAUGCUGGCUGACGGAGGGGUGGCAGAGAAGGGGGACCCCAAAGUGAACUCUGGUGGGGGGUCAGGAGGGGUGUCCAACGGGUACCCCACGUCCACAGCGCCGAGCCCCAAGGAGGGAGCAGGGGGUGUACCCGCGGGGGCCCUCAGGACUCUGGUGGUCCAGCAGACCAGUCUGGACCAGCCCCGGGAGACCUGGAGCAAGAAGAUGGACUUUCUGUUGUCUGUGAUUGGCUACGCCGUGGACCUGGGAAAUGUGUGGCGCUUCCCCUACAUCUGCUACCAAAACGGCGGAGGUGCCUUCCUGCUGCCCUACAUGUUGAUGGCGGUAUUCGGCGGCGUGCCUCUGUUCUACAUGGAGCUGGCACUGGGGCAGUUCCACCGCAGUGGCUGCAUCUCCAUCUGGAAACACAUCUGCCCCAUCUUCAAGGGUAUCGGCUUCGCCAUCUGCAUCAUAGCGCUGUACAUAGCGUUCUACUACAACACCAUCAUGGCUUGGGCCCUGUACUACCUGCUGGCGUCGUUCCGGCCCACCCUGCCCUGGACCACGUGCUCCAACCCCUGGAACACGGUCAACUGUCUCCGCUACCUGUCCACCGACAGCAACGUCACCUGGACCAACACGUCCACCUCGCCCGCCGAGGAGUUCUAUACGCGUCAGGUACUGCAGGUACACAUGUCUCCAGGUCUGCACCAGCUUGGCAGUGUGAGUUGGCAGCUGGCUCUCUGCCUCCUGUUCAUCUUCACCAUCGUCUACUUCAGCAUCUGGAAGGGAGUCAAGACCUCUGGCAAGGUGGUGUGGGUGACAGCCACCUUCCCCUACCUUGUCCUACUGGUGCUGCUCGUUCGUGGGGCCACUCUGCCCGGGGCCUGGAGGGGUGUGGUCUUCUACCUCAAACCUGAUUGGGGGAAACUACUCAGCACCACAGUAUGGAUUGAUGCAGCAGCUCAGAUCUUCUUCUCUCUGGGGCCAGGUUUCGGGGUUCUCCUGGCCUUUGCCAGCUACAACCCCUUUCACAACAACUGCUACAAGGAUGCGUUGCUGACCAGCUCUGUGAACUGCCUGACCAGUUUCCUCUCUGGGUUUGUCAUCUUUACCGUGCUCGGCUACAUGGCUGAGAUGCGCAAAGUAGGCGUGGAGACCGUAGCCAAGGAUGCUGGUCCCAGUCUGCUGUUCAUCAUCUAUGCUGAAGCCAUCGCCAACAUGCCCGCUGCCACCUUCUUCGCCAUUAUCUUCUUCCUCAUGAUCAUAAUGCUGGGGCUGGACAGCACGUUUGCCGGUCUGGAGGGGGUGAUCACAGCCAUGCUGGAUGAGUUCCCCCAGUUGUUGUCUAGGAGGAGGGAGUGGUUUGUCCUAAGCCUGGUGUGUGUCUGCUACCUGGGAGCACUCUCCACCCUCACCUACGGAGGUGCGUUUGUGGUGAAACUGUUUGAGGAGUACGCCACGGGACCUGCUGUCAUCACUGUGGUCUUCCUAGAAGUCAUCGCCGUUUCCUGGUUCUACGGGACGAGUCGUUUCUGUGCUGAUGUCCAUAUGAUGCUGGGCUUCUCCCCUGGAUUGUUCUGGAGGGUGUGCUGGGUGGCCAUCUGCCCAAUCUUCCUACUGUUCAUUAUUGUCAGUUUCCUGGCGUUCCCCCCGGAGGUCAAGUUGUUUGACUACGUCUACCCACCUUGGACCACUGUUCUGGGCUACUGCAUCGGAGUGUCCUCCUUCAUCUGUGUACCAGCCUACAUGGUGUACCACCUGCUCACUGCCAAAGGGACCUUUAAACAGCGUCUCCUGAAGGGCAUCACCCCUGUACCCAGUGGGCCUCACAGUGACAUUAUCAUCACCCACACCGUCUGACCCAGUGGUCUGACCAGGCCCGGUGGACUACACCCCCCUCUGCUGGACAUAGAGCACAACUGCAGGACGGGGAGGGGUUCGUCCCCUCCCCCGCUUCUCCUCCAGAACCCCCCACAGCAGACUUCAGCACUAAGGCACCCCGUCCAUCCCACUGACCCCAGGGGUGAGGUGGAGUGCCGGGCCACACUGUCUGCAGCAUCCCACCCCUCCUCCCGUCACCUCCCUCCUGGCUCAUUCUGUUAGCUAACCGUUAGCGGCUAAUGGCGUCACUGAUUUCACACUGGCCCACGCUGGUCAGAGCAUUUCAACCCCCAGACAGAGGGUUUUAGAUGCCACAGCACAAUGACAUGUGUACUGUUACAAUUGGAAUCCCUCCAUUCAGUAUGAUUCAUUAACAUACACACGCACUCUUCCUUGUCUCUGUUCUGUCAGGUCCACUUUUAUAUCGCAAACAAAUGUCUCACGGCUUCAUUUGACCUUCGAUCCUUGUUUCAUGAGUUCUGCUUUCAGAUAUUUAGCCGGACAUUGAUUGCAAAAUCCAGGAAUCUUUUUACAUGUCUAAAUGAAGCCAAAUGUUGAUUGGAUAUUUCUACAGGUAUUUCCAGAUGUGAGCCGUUGUCAUGUUUUAGGAUGACUUGGUGGGAGCUUGUCAGUGUUUCUGAAUGGGAAUGGGAUGGCUGAACCUAUGAAGGGCCUUGAUGAGCGUCUCCACACGGUGAAGAGCUGUAUGUUGGUGUAGUGUGACGCACUGCAGUACUGAUUAUGCUCUGUAAGCAUAUCCAGGUUGUUGGGGAACACAGAGACAAGUUCAGAAGAGAACACAGGGCUUUGUCCAGUCGUAUGUGGGGGGAUUCUUGAGUUGCAGUACGGAAGGCUCUGGUGUGUGUGUGUGUGGGCAUGUUGUGUGUAAGAGUGUUUGUGUGUGUGUGUGUGUGUGUGUGUGUGUGUGUGUGUGUGUGUGUGUGUGUGUGUGUGUGUGUGUGUGUGUGUGUGUGUGUGUGUGUGUGUGUGUGUGUGUGUGUGUGUGUGUGUGUGUGUGUGUGUGUGUGUGUGUGUCAGAAAAAAAUGGAAGGAACGUGGGGAGAAGUUACCCUGUGCAGAUUAGAAGGAGUCGUGGGUUAUAUUAUUGCAAUUUUAUAUAUAUAUAUAUAUAUUUAUUUUAAAUAAUUAUUAUUGCUGUCAAAUCUAAGUAUGCUUUCAUGUCAUUUACCAAAAACUGACAUGCUGAUUUAGUUUGGUUUAGUUUGUUAAUAUGUAAAACACCAUUUACAUGUUAAUUACUUAUAGUGGGAACCAAAUAUCGAUCACAACUAUUAUCAUCUCCAUCGCUCAGUCCUCAAGGUUGCGUCUGAAACAGGUAUCUGUCUUUACUCUCUACCUAAUCAUCUGUUGUGUGUUGGAAUGGGAGUACAAAUAUGGCAUGUACGUGUGUAAUAAGUGAGUCUUGGUAUCGGUGUAUGUCUCUUUGUUCUGUGAAUACCUGUCUACUCUCUUGAACGCAUUACUGUAUGUUUGAGCGUGCCUCAGACCUGGGUUCAAAUACUAUAGGGAAUCUUUCAAAUACUUUGUGUUUUCUUUAUCAGAUGGGCGGGGUUUGUUUUAGCCUACCUAGUGCCAGAUGGGCGGGGUUUGUUAUAGGCUGCCUAGUGCCAGAUGGGCGGGGUUUGUUAUAGCCUACCUAGUGCCAGAUGGGCGGGGUUUGUUUUAGCCUACCUAGUGCCAGAUGGGCGGGGUUUGUUUUAGCUGGCCUAGAGCCAGAUGGGCGGGGUUUGUUUUAGCCGGCCUAGUGCGAUAUGGGCGGGGUUUGUUUUAGGCUGCCUAGUGCCAGAUGGGCGGGGUUUGUUUUAGCCGGCCUAUUGCCAGAUGGGUGGGGUUUGUUUUAGCCUGCCUAGUGCCAUAUGGGCGGGGUUUGUUUUAGCCUGCCUAGUGCCAGAUGGGCGGGGUUUGUUUUAGCCUGCCUAGUGCCAGAUGGGUGGGGUUUGUUUUAGCCUACCUAGUGCCAGAUGGGCGGGGUUUGUUUUAGCCGGCCUAGUGCCAGAUGGGCGGGGUUUGUUUUAGCCUGCCUAGUGCCAGAUGGGCGGGGUUUGUUUUAGCCUGCCUAGUGCCAGAUGGGCGGGGUUUGUUUUAGCCUGCCUAGUGCCAAAUGGGCGGGGUUUGUUUUAGCCUACCUAGAGCCAGAUGGGCGGGGUUUGUUUUAGCCUACCUAGUGCCAAAUGGGCGGGGUUUGUUUUAGCCUACCUAGUGCCAAAUGGGCGGGGUUUGUUUUAGCCUACCUAGUGCCAAAUGGGCGGGGUUUGUUUUAGCCUACCUAGUGCCAAAUGGGCGGGGUUUGCAGGUUUCCGACUGUUCUAUUUGUUCCAUUGAACCAGGCAAUCAAAUCUGAAGUAUUUGAAAGGAUUUCAAAUAGUAUUUUAACUCAGGAUUGAUGUACGUGUGAGCGUGCAUACCUUGCGUGUGUAUGUGCAAGCGUGCAUACAUGAGUGUGUGUGUGUGUACAUUAUGAACAGAAGUAGCAGUCAGACUUUGUGAGUGUGUGCAUGCCAAUGUGUGUAACCUGUGCUUCAACUUGUGUCUGUGAAGUGACCUUCUCUCGUCUUGUACUUCGCCAAAAUAUCCAAUGAAGAUGAUGUUAAAAUCCCUCCAAUGUACCUCUCGAGCCUACAUAAUGUAUGAUCUAUGUACGUCUGUAAAAGAUUGUAUUGAGAAAUAAACCUGUAUAGAAGAAAGAUAUAAAUAUAUAUGAAUUAAUAGAUAAAUAAAGUUAAGAUGUAAAUGAGUA